UACUGUCAAUGUCUUUGUCUGUUUGGCAAACUGUUUAUCGAUCAUAAAUAUAUAUUUUUCGAUGUUGAAGGAUUUCAUUUUUAUAUACUCACAGAAGCUACUACACCUCUCUUUGAUCACGUUUUAGGUUUCUUUUCAAAAGAGAAGAUUAGUUAUGAUGGUUAUAAUUUAGCUUGCAUUGUGACCUUUCCUCCUUAUCAGAAAAAAGGUUAUGGUACACUUUUGAUCGAGUUUAGUUAUGAAUUAGAUCGAUAUUUGGCAGAACAAGAAGAUCGAGUAGUAUUAGGUACACCUGAAAGACCUUUAUCUGAAUUAGGUGCAAAGGGUUAUUUAGCUUUUUGGACAUCUGUUUUAGUA